UUGGUGAAGGACCUACAGGACAUGGUGAGAGCAAUGGUGAAAGCAUGAAAGUGAUAGUGUCUUGCAUUGUUUGGACUUUAAUUCGUUGACAUUGCACAUUAUGCGUUUUUUAAAAUUAAGAAAUGGUAGUUUCAAGUUGUGUUAUAGUAACAUUCGACAAGGGUAUACAGCUCCCUCGCGACUUCGUCUUAAAAGAAGUGGUCGUAAAAAAAGAAAUAAAGAAUCAGGAGAAAUUCCCUACCUAUUUCAUCCGCGCGUACGAACUUUAGAACCGAUAAUCCAAGCUUUACGCAACACAAAAAGUUUGAUAAAAUAUGAAUUGCCAUUAAAAGUUACUUCAAUGGAUGAUUUUAUGUGCAAUGAAGUAUUUCCUCAAGUUAAGUCUGCUUUCUCUCAAGACACUGGAGUUAACAGUCUAAAUAUGGAAGAUUUUCUGAUGACCUACAUUAAUACUGUUUGGAAAUAUGGAAAUAGUUAUCCAGGACUUUUGAAACAAACAAUAUCUUAUCGUCCUGGCUUGAAAGUAUCCUGGAGUAGAUAUGGACAUAAUUUGCAAAUUUCUGGAAGAACUGGACUUCUGUUUUCUUCUGUGUGUGCAUUACCUAAUUUUUCUCUCUCCGAGGAAGUACAAAAAACCACUUGCAAAGAGUUAAUGGGAAAGGAUGAGCUUAUAUCACCAGUGUUUGAAUUAUCACAGAAGAUGUCAGGAAUGGAAUUUGAUACAGGAUUUUAUCAGGAUCUUUAUCCUUUCCCACAAAUGCUAGUCAUUGCUGAACAUAAUUGGAAGUUGGAUCAUCUUGUUGCUCAAGCUAUAAUGUUUUCAUUUGGACGAUUAUUUGAACGGUCAGUUUGUAAGAAUGACGCAAGCAUUGGUGACGUAUUACGGGAGCCAUUGUCAAUUCGCGCAAUAGUGCUCAAUGAACAAACCUUUUCACUAAUGUGCUAUCAGCUGAACACUCUAGAUUUUGACAACGAUGACGGGAUAAAGAAUCAACUCUGGCUUUCUAAACCAUUUUCGGCGACAAUGCAUAAAGAUUCCAAGGAAAAGUCAGAAAAUAACAACGUAGGGCUCUUGGAAAGCAGUUACAAAGAUAUUAUUUCUUUUUUUUUGUACGGUCAAGGAUAGAACUGCUAAUUAAAAACUUUGGUAUAGAAAUAUAUAAAAAACUGCUCACAAUCUCCAAAUUUUGAAUCUCCAACUAGUUAAAAGCUUUAGGUUUACACAA